AAAUUGAUGUAAUUUAUAAAAUAAUAUAGCCUACUGUUAAAUUUCGUGUCUCCGAAAGCUUGUGGAACAUGUUGAUAGUUAAUCUGAUGAAUUACACCUGUGUAAACUUGAGGGAAACUCACUUAAUCCUCUAAAAUCUCCUUAAAAGUAUUCUCAUAAAUUCUAAGAAAAAGUCUAUUUUAUGAAGGUCUAACUUGAUAUGAUAUUUUGUUAUCUUUGACAUUUUAUCAUUUUAAACCAUUUCGCCAGUGUCCAUGUCUUCGGGUGUGUGAUUGUAGGUAAAGUGUAUAAAUAAAACGGAUAAAGGGCGACACCUACUGGACAUAUUUGUUUAUAACUCCAAAUUGCGCCCACUUCAGACGGUUAACUGUAGACACAACAUUACUCUAUAGUAUGUACAGUCGAUAAUUUGUUUAAUUAGAUUUUAUUCAAAUGCUUUUUAUUAUUAUUCAAACCAUUUUAAAGCCUCUGGGUUUUUCAUUUUAUUUGCUUCCUGUUAGAUUGGCUGGCUAUAUCUGCGGAGUAUCUUGCCCAGCACUGUCUGAGACUUGACACUUGAGAGAGACACUCAAAGCAAAUAAACAAGUCUUUUCUGAAACAAGUGCGUUUGUAAGUACAGUAGGAGGAGUGAACGUGGGGCAACACGGACAGCAUUUUAAUCUGCCAGGGGGUGUUUCCAUCAAGUGGCCAUAUUGGGAGGAGGGAGGGAGAGAGAGAGAGAGAGAGAGAGAGAGAGAGCUCAAUAAAUGAAAGCAUACUGUCAGUGUCAGUACUGUCUGCAUGGCUGCCACAGAUGUAAACAUAUAUCCUAGUGAGGAGAUGAGGACUCUCUCUCUCAACGGUCAUGUCGGAUUUGACAGUCUACCUGAUCAGCUGGUCAGCAAAUCAGUGAGCCAAGGAUUCAGCUUCAACAUUCUCUGCAUAGGUGAAACUGGGAUCGGCAAAUCUACUUUAAUGAGCACACUUUUUAACACAUCGUUCGAAAAUGAAGAGGCCAGCCACUUCCAGGACGAGGUGCAUUUACGACCCAGAACAUACAACCUACAGGAAAGCAAUGUGGAUUUGCAGCUGACCAUUGUAGACACUGUGGGAUUUGGCGACCAGGUUAAUAAAGAAGAAAGCUAUAAACCUAUUGUGGACUACAUUGAUGCCCAGUUUGAAAACUUCCUUGAAGAAGAGCUUAAAAUUAAACGUUCCCUUUACAACUAUCACGAUUCACGCAUCCAUAUCUGCCUCUACUUUAUUGCUCCCACUGGACACUCACUGAAAUCUCUGGACUUAGUUACCAUGAAGAAACUGGACAGCAAGGUAAACAUUAUUCCCAUCAUUGCAAAGGCAGACACUAUUUCCAAAAGCGAGCUUCAAAAAUUUAAGAUCAAGAUCAUGAGUGAACUGGUCAGCAAUGGUGUUCAGAUCUACCAGUUCCCAACAGACGAUGAAGCUGUGGCUGAAAUAAACUCUUCUAUGAAUGCGCAUCUGCCUUUUGCUGUUAUUGGAAGCAGUGAAGAGGUUAAAAUUGGGAAUAAAAUGGUGCGAGCCAGACAGUAUCCAUGGGGAGUGGUACAGGUGGAGAAUGAGAGUCACUGUGACUUUGUAAAGCUGAGAGAGAUGUUAAUCCGUGUCAACAUGCUGGACCUGAGGGAACAGACCCACGCCAGACACUAUGAGCUGUACCGCCGCUGCAAACUGGAGGAGAUGGGCUUCAAAGACACUGACCCUGACAGCGAACCCUUCAGUCUUCAGGAGACAUACGUGGCCAAGAGGAGAGAAUUUAUCGGCGAGCUACAACUCAAGGAGGAGCAGAUGAGACAGAUGUUUGUCAACAAAGUGAAGGAGACAGAAGCAGAGCUAAAAGAAAAGGAGAGAGAGCUGCAUGAAAGAUUUGAGAUGCUGAAACGUACACAUCAGGAGGAAAAGAGGAACCUGGAGGAGAAGCGUAGAGAUUUAGAAGAGGAGAUGAACACCUUCAACAGGAGGAAAGUGGCUGCUGAAACCCUACAGUCUCUUCAAGGCUCCUCUGCCAUCAAAAAAGACAAAGAGAAGAAAACUUGAUUGGUGACCCAAGGACACAUCAGCAUCAGUAACUGCCCAGUAUCUGUGAUGAUCCAUUGAUGUGUACCUGAUUCUUCUGGAUUUACAUUUUUAUUAAAGGGAUAGUUUCACCUAAAAUGUAAAUUCUGUCAUUAUUUAUUCACCCCCCAUAUCACUCCAAACCCACCCUCUUUGUGAAACAUGAGAUAUUUUUGUUCAUACAGUGGAAGUCAAUGGUAAUCAUAACUGUUUGGUUACCAACAUUCUUCAGAAUUUAUUUUUGUGAUAAACAGAUAAAAAAAAGGCAUACAGGUUUGGAACAACAGGAGGGUGAGUAAAUGAUGAGAGAAUGUUUGGUUCAAUUAACCCCUUUUAAGUAAACAUGAAGCUGUUUAACUUUGUUAUUAUCUUUCAUUAAUAAAGAACUUGACUGUUAACUGGAAUGUUAACAUAUCAUUUAGAUUUUGUACAUGGAUAUAUUUUCCUCUAAACAGUUUUACCAGAUUGCAAAGUACUGUACAAGAUUAAUUGUUUUAUUAUUAACCAGCAUAAUGAUAUUUUUAAAUGUUAAAUAUCUCUGCUGAUUUUAUGGCUUACCUCUACUAUACAAAUGCAACUGUAUAUUUUUGAAGUUUAAAAUAAAAAAAAUACUUUUA